GUCAUAGGUGUUUCAAGUUGCUCACCGUCACCCAAAUACGUUCGCCGAUCGACGCGGUGCAUCGCCGAGGAAAUUCGACGGUUGCUUCGAGUGACACAGUCGGCGCGAGACGGACGAGAGCGAGUCUCGAUCUCCGCGUGAAGAUCGCGUGUGUUGCAUCUCUAGCGUGAACUCGUGACACCACCACGGGCAGUUUAACGGUGUUUGUUUAAUGUAAGUGUUCGCCGAGUGUUGCCAGGUGUUACCAGGUGAAUGUGCGAGCGUCGCGUCGCGUCGCUUCGCGUCGUACCUUGGCUCUACCGCAUGGUGAGGAAGUGCAUUACCUCGCGGUAAUUCUUCCCCGGAGAGGUUUAUCGUGAUUCUCGCGUGGACCUCGCGCGAUUAUCGCAAAUAUUUCGCGCGAGUUUAAAUGCACCGGCGGGAGUAUCCACGCAAAGCGAAUCGUGUUGAAUUGGAUCCGAUCGAAACCUGUUCCGAUUGAUCUCACGGUCAAUCGACGAUGCUGCGAGACCGCCCAGACGAGGACAAAGAUCCAAGGGAAAGGGAGAGCGAGUAAAGGAAAAGGGAAGAACGAAGCCGAUCGUCAACCGAUCGAUCUGGAUCGAUACAAGUUUCUGCGAAUUCUGUUGGACAACGGUGUCUUCUCUCUCUUCCUCGCCGAGACGAGACUCGGACAGAAGACGGAGAAAGCGAGAUAAAAGAGCGGCAAUUACGCGCGCCGCAUCACUCCGCGUGGAAUGCGCUCGUCCCGAUGCGAGCGGAUCCGCGCGACGACGAGAAACAUUCCUUCGUGCCUCGGGCUGGAACGCGAUUCGUGGAACACGGGACGUCGCGGGACACCCUGUAAAAAAGGUGCGCGCGUGUUACUUCGCUCCUGUUUUUCUUACGUCAUUCUUCGUAAGAAGAAGGACGAGAAGCGAGCACGAAUGAAUUCGUGCGGGCGCAGCGCGAUUUUUGUACCCUCGGACGCGCUCUCUUAGGCGUGUCCGUCUUGGUCGCGCGUCUUUUUAUUGUUUUCCUUCGCGAGUGGAGAGAUUCAAGGCUCACGUGCUCCUUUUCUCUCGCAGGAAUGCAGAAGACGCGAGGACGCAAUCGGCGCACGGGACUGCACAACUCGUGACGGGACUGACGGGAUCGGGUCGCAGGUUCCGCGAAAAAGGUGACGAGGGGAAGCAAAAGAGAAGUGAAGAGUGAAGUUAGUGUCGGAACACCGCGGCAUGUGAGUCGGGAACGUGCACGAGAUGAGGAUGUGCCGCGGAUCGCGACGAUUGCUAUAGUUGCGUUGCGUUUCCGGAGCUCCUUACGUUGCGCGGUAGCUACAAGUGGAAGGAUCCGGCAGAGGCAGCGCUGAAGAAGGGCUAGGGGGAGGGAGAGGUCAACGUCGCGCAACGGCGAGACAAGAGGAUGGAGCAGCGGCCGGCGGCGGCCUCCGCGAGGACGCGCAGCCUUCUCGCUGCUGUUUGUUUGCUCGCCUGGAUCAUUGGCGAUGCCUGCGCUACCGAACCGCUUCAGGAACCGCGCUUUACCACUCAACCGUCAAGCAGUGGCAAUAUACUUAGCGAAAAUCGCACCAAAUUUUUGGAAUGCCGAGCAAGAGGCAAUCCUCAACCAAAGUACAAAUGGUUCAAAGAUGGGGUGGCCCUCAACAAUGAGCUCAUUUCAGAUCCUUAUUUCCGUAUUCAGGCUACCCGGCGAGAGGAUGCCGGAGUAUAUCACUGUGUUGCGUCGAACGAUGUGGGAUCUAUAUUCAGCGAUCACAUCACCUUCGCCGUAGCCUAUAUGGGAGUCUUCGAAGAUCUUACGGAAAAGGUAGUAAAUGUUGAGUCGGGUAACGCCGCGAUUCUACAGUUGCCCCCGAUCGAGAGUCAUCCUGCUCCUAGAGUAGAAUGGGUCUCCUCCGACGGGAUACCUUUGUAUGGUAUAAAAUAUGCCACGACCCAACGCACGUUGCUUAUACUGAACGCUUCGGAGGGCGACAAUGGUAUCUAUAGAGCGAGGGCUUUCAAUACUCAAUUAGGCAAAGAAGAGAACAGUCCAUUUUUCAAGCUGCAAGUCACCGGUGAUCCGAAUGCGGAAAUAGUUCCUACUAUAAUUGUCAAGCCGCAAGAUACGCAGAUAAUCAAAGAUCAAGACGUCACGUACAUAAACUGCAUUGCGAAUGCCAGAUCGCUUCACGAGCUAAGAACCUUGUGGAUGAAAGAUGGUAUUCCGAUUGAGAAUUCACGAAUAUCGUACAGCUUCAACGAUUCGUGGAACAGGACGCUCGCAUUGGUCUCCGCCAACAUAACUUAUACGGGAGUUUAUUCCUGCCAUGUGGACUUGAGAAGCGGCGAUUAUCCGACUGUAAAUGCGAGUGCCAAAAUCGUUGUCUACGAAAAACCAACAUUUAUAACGGAGUUAAAAAGGGAGACUUUGAGCGACUAUGGAUCCACCGUAACGUUACCGUGUGAUACUGUUGGCGUGCCGCCUCCCACAGUUGCUUGGUUCCGUAAUGCCGAGCCUAUCAACCAUUUACUAGGGACCAGAUAUGUGAUGGAGGAAGAUGGCUCACUGACAAUCAAGAAAUUAACUAUGGAUGACUCCGGGAUGUUCCAGUGCCUCGCUUCCAAUGAAGCUGGCGAGUCAUCCAGUUAUACGUGGGUAAAGGCAAAAACGUCUGGGCCGGUAAUGGAAAAGGGUCCGCAAAAUUUAACGGUAUUAGACGGCAAAGAUGCAACUCUGAGCUGCAACGCGAUAGCGGCACCUAAACCAAAUACCACCUGGUAUUAUAACGAUACGAUACCUGUGGAGAUAGCUGGACGAGUGCAAGUCCUGGACAAUGGUGAUCUUCUAAUUGCAGCAGUAAAAACGAAUGACGAAGGAAAAUAUACUUGUAUCCGUGCGAAUGAAGCCGGUUCCGUCAAUGGAUCAGCAUACUUGACUGUUCUAAUUCGAACGCGAAUCAUUCAUCCGCCUCUCGAUACUUCUGUGCUCCUUGGACGCACCGCCGAAUUACAGUGUAAAGUUUCAAACGAUCCGAGCGUUAUGUAUGAUAUGGCAUGGUUUCACAACUCACAAGUAAUAAACACACAAGCAAGCCAGAGAUUAAAGAUGCGGUCGGAUGGGACUCUGCAGAUCAUCGCUGUUCGAGCUUCCGAUGUGGGCGAGUACACGUGUUCCGUGGUAUCACCGGGUGGUAACGAGACGCGAUCUGCACGUUUGAGCGUGAUUGAGUUGCCGUUUGCGCCAAUUAACGUCGUGGCUGUGCGGGUAGAACGAAUCUCUGCGCGCACGAUCAACGUCACGUGGGUGCCCGGCUUCGACGGCAAUAGUCCCACGAAGAAAUUCAUAGUCGAGAGACGAGAAGUUUCUGAUUUAGUAGGACCUGUACCGGAUUCAUCGUUGAUCUGGAUCACCGAACGCGACAAUAUAUCCGCGAGUAGCCGAUGGGUAUUAUUAAAUAAUUUGAAAGCUGCGGCAGCUUAUCAGUUUCGCGUUAAGGCUGAGAAUAGCGUCGGCACCGGUCCUUCGUCGGCACCCAGCAACAUCGUUGUUCUACCUCAAGAACCACCUAGUGGCCCACCGAUUGGCUUCGUCGGCUCGGCACGAUCAUCGUCGGAGAUAAUAACGCAGUGGCAACCUCCGCUGGAGGAAUACAGAAACGGUCAAAUUUUGGGAUACGUACUGAUGUACAAACUGGACGGAUACAACGACAGUCCAUGGACGAUCCAGAACAUCACCAACGAAGCACAAAGAAAUUAUCUUAUUACUGAUCUGAUUACAUGGAAAGAUUACAUGGUGCAGAUAGCGGCCUACAACGACAAGGGCGUAGGCGUAUUUACUGACGGUCUCACAAUAAAAACUAAGGAAGGAGUCCCGGAAGCACCACCCACGAAUAUAAAAGCGAAAGCCAUUAAUUCAACGGCGGUGAAAGUAUGGUGGAAACCACCGAAUCCGCAAAAAAUUAAUGGGAUUAAUCAGGGAUACAAAUUGCAAGCUUGGAUCGGUAGCAAUGUUACGGAAACGAAUGAAUACAAGUCAAUAACCGUGCCGCCAAGUUUACUCGACCCACUCGCCGAACAAAGCGCAGUUAUGGCAGGUUUGAGAAAGUACACCCUGUAUAAUAUCACGGUGCUUUGCUUCACCGAUCCUGGUGACGGCGAAAGGAGCUCACCUGUUAAAGUUCGCACGCUCGAAGAUGCACCUGAAGAGGUGGAAAAUUUACAAUUUGAGGAUAUUAGUGAUCGUGCAUUGACGAUUAAGUGGGCACCUCCCAAAGAAAUCAACGGAAUAUUGACGCAUUAUCAAUUGAAAUACAUGAUUAAAGACAUUCUCGAUUCUCAGCGUGUGGAAAAUUUUACAGCUAAUAUAUUAUCGACUAAAGUGGAGCAUCUACAGGCGUUGACUCAUUAUAAAUUUGAAGUCACCGCUUGGACGUCGGUUGGUGCCGGCAAGCCGAGAAUAGCGAUCAUACAGUCGGGAGUGGAGCCGGUGCUACCGGAACCACCCACGAAGCUGGCAUUGUCCAACAUAGACGCGUUCUCCGUAGUGUUGCAAUUCACGCCGGGAUUCGACGGCAACUCGUCCAUCACGAAGUGGACUGUACAGGCACUGACGGCACGGAACUCAACGUGGUACAACAUCUACGAGGUGUCGGAUCCCGAUGCCAGCACGAUCACCGUUGGUGGCCUGAUUCCCUUCGUGCAGUAUAAGCUUCGUUUGAUUGCAAACAAUGUCGUCGGUGCCUCGCAACCAUCUGAGCCAACUAAGGAAUUUCAGACGAUUCAGGCACCACCCUCUCAUCCGCCGAAGAACGUCACGGUUCGCGCGAUGAGCGCUACUGAAUUGCGUGUCAGAUGGAUCCCGUUGCAGCAAAUAGAAUGGUACGGGAAUCCGCGUGGAUACAAUGUUACCUACACGGAAGUGCAAUCGAACAUCUCGCAAAGCAUCAUCAUCGAGGAUCCCACUGCAAACUCGUAUAUUCUGGAGAACAUGGAAGAAUACGCCGAUUACGAGAUAGUCAUGCGAGCGUUCAACGACGUGGGAUUCUCGGCGGCGAGUCCAAAGGCCAUCGAGCGAACUCGUGAGUCGGUGCCCUCUCUGGGGCCAAUCAACGUAGAAGCGAAUGCGACGUCCUCAACAACCAUUCUGGUACGAUGGGGCGACGUGCCCGUGGAACACCAGAACGGUCAGAUCGAGGGCUUUAAAGUCUACUACGGUGCAAAUUCUAGAUCGCCCUUCCAGUACAAAAACAUUCCCAGUAACAGCACCUUUACGACCACUUUGACGGAGCUUCGCAAAUUCGUUCAGUACCACGUGCAAGUCUUGGCGUAUACGAGACUAGGCGAUGGCGUACUGAGCACUCCACCCGUGAGAGUUCAGACCUUUGAAGACACUCCCGGUCCACCGUCUAAUGUAUCCUUCCCCGAUGUGAGUUUGACGACAGCACGCAUUAUUUGGGACACACCAGAGGAUCCUAACGGAGAAAUUUUUGCAUACAAAGUUAUGUUCCAUUUGAACAACAGUCUAGAACGUCAAUUUUCUAAAGAAUUUCCGGCAUCGGAUAGAACAUUCAGAGCCACCGAACUCGAGCCAGAAAAAUAUUACAUGUUCUCUGUGACAGCACAGACGAGAUUAGGUUGGGGUAAGACAGCUUACGCGCUUGUAUUCACCACGAACAACAGAGAACGUCCACAAGCACCGUCGGUGCCUCAAGUGAGCAAAUCGCAGGUGCAGAGUCGUCAAAUAACGUUUAGCUGGACACCAGGCAAAGAUGGUUUUGCACCGCUGAGAUAUUAUACAGUGCAACAAUCCGAGAAUUCCGGACCGUUCCAAAUUAUUCCUGAAAGAGUGGAACCCACAUUGACAUCUUACACUGCUAACAAUUUGAAGCCUUAUACAUUCUAUCAGUUUCGCAUCCAGGCUACCAAUGAUAUUGGCCCUUCAGAUUGGAGUACUGAAUCCGCUCAAGUGCAGACUCUGCCUGCAGCACCAUCAAAAGGUGUCACUGGUCUGAAAGUUGUACCGAUAACGACAUCCAGUGUCGAGGUUCAUUGGAACAUGAUUGAUGAGAUAUAUUGGAGUGGCGAUCACGAAACGGGUGGUUAUCGUGUCGUUUACCAGCCGAUAUCAGAUUUCCCGACGCCACUGCAAGCAACGCCAAAAGACGUUAUAGGAAUUAAGGAGACCGAGAUGGUUUUGAGCAAUUUAACGGAGGAUCGAUAUUACGAGAUUAUAGUGCUGCCAUUUAAUUCGGAAGGUGAAGGCCCACCAAGCCGACCGGUCACCGUAUAUGUGGGAGAAGCGGUACCUACGGGAGAGCCUCAACAUCUGAAAGCGGAGCCCAUUUCUUCUACUGAGGUUCACUUACGUUGGAAACCUCUCCAGGCUAAUAUGCAAAAUGGCGAUUUAUUAGGAUAUAAAGUUUUUUACUUGGUGACCAAUUCUCCUCAAGAUAUAGAGAAGAAACAGGAAGAAGAGAUCGAAGUUGUCCCGGCAACUUGUUUGGCACACAGCUUAGUCUUCCUCGACAAGUAUACGGAGUACCGCAUACAAGUUUUAGCGUUUAAUCCAGCUGGAGAUGGUCCACGAUCUCCGCCGAUUACUGUGAGAACAAAGCAGGACAUACCAGGACCACCGCACAAUUUGCAAUUUAGUGAAAUUACUAUGACCAGUUUGCGCGUCUCUUGGGAGCCGCCAAAAUUACGCAACGGCGAGAUAGUCGGCUAUAUCGUCACGUACGAAACGGCGGAGCAAAACGACCGUUUCAGCAAGCAAGUCAAACAAAAGGUGACAGAGACGAGUCUCCUCAUUCAGCCAUUGGAGGAAGAGGUGACAUACACUUUUAUGGUUCGCGCACAGACAAUUGACUUCGGGCCACCAGUAUCCGGAAAUGUUACAACUGGUCCGCAAGAGGGUUCACCGAUGGCGCCUAGCAACCUCGAUGUGACCAAGACUGUUUCCAGCGUGGAGCUGGAAUGGACUAACGGAGCUUCCGGCAAGGGUCCUAUACUCGGCUAUUACAUCGAGACUCGUCGCAAAGCAAUGGAAGAAUGGCAGCAUUACGAUUCCCGCUGGCAGACAAUAGUCCGCAGCAGCAAUGGACCAUUGAUGGAAUAUACUGUGUCUUAUCAAAACUUACUGCCAUCCACAUCGUAUUUAUUCAGAGUGAUAUCAUACAAUCGUUACGGUAUUAGUUAUCCAGCAUAUUCUGCCGAGUCGAUUUUAACGCCAUCAAAACUCUAUCUGGAAUAUGCAUACCUGCAGCACAGACCGUUUUAUAGACAAACCUGGUUCAUGGUUACUUUAGCUGCUACGUCAAUUAUAAUAAUCAUUAUGAUCAUAGCAAUAUUAUGUGUAAAAAGUAAAAGUUACAAGUACAAACAAGAAGCACAGAAAACUCUUGAAGAAUCAAUGGCGAUGGACGCAGACGAUAGACAAGAAUCGGACUUGGAAUUAUAUAGAUCGCGUCAAGGUGGAGGUAGUUCCAAUACAGCGACCGGCACUCUAGGCAAGAGGAACACGCUGGCCCGCAAGGCCAUGCAUCCUCCACCACCCACGAUGCUGGGCAAGUCACCUCCAAGACCGUCUCCAGCGUCGGUUGCUUACAACAGCGACGAGGAGAGUCUCAAGGGAUAUGAUGAGAAUCCUGACGACAGCAGCGUUACGGAGAAACCUUCCGAAAUUAGUUCCACUGAUUCUCAAGGCUCUGAGAGCGAGAACGAGAGCGUGCAGUCCGAUCCACAUUCCUUCGUGAAUCAUUACGCGAAUGUGAACGACUCGCUAAGACAAUCGUGGAAGCGACAGAAACCCGUGCGGAAUUAUUCGUCGUACACCGACUCCGAACCGGAAGGCAGCGCGGUCGUCAGCUUGAACGGCGGUCAGAUCAUCAUGAACAACAUGGCCAGAUCACGAGCGCCGUUGCCCGGUUUCUCAUCGUUCGUAUAAUUAAACGCAUCACUAAGAUUAGACUAAUAAGGCAAAAGAGACUUUUCUUAUUGAUGUCAACAAUGUCAGAAUCGUUCCGACAGCUUUCAACGCGAAACGAAGGUUCGAAUGAGGUUUAUGUAUACAUACAUAGAGCGAAAGACUUGCGUCACUUACACGUGUAUUUUUACACGUGCCGACGUGCUAUAAACUUAUAGCAAACUCGUAGCAAAUUAGGAAAGCUUAAAGUCUCUUCGUAUUGUGAUAUAUAUCGAUACACGUGUAUAUUAUUCGCAAUUUUCGAUAAGCCAUUUUGCAUUUAAUAGAUACUUUUGUAUUUUCUCCGAUUAGCUUAAGAAUUAGACGGCACGGAUCUCGAAUGCGUAAGUCUCAUAUCUAAGGAACAGGGUGUCCUAAUUUUAAAAUACUUCUCAGCAGGAAUUUGACCUUUCUUCACACGACGCUUGAAGAUAUUUAUCAUAUACUUAUGUUAGGUACAAGCCGUGGAAGAUAAUCAUUUGUAACAUCACAGGAAUGUUUCGAUGUCAAUUUAAUUAAUCGUUUCGAUCGUCAGGCUUAUCAUAUCAGUCCGUCAAUUCGUCGUAGAUGAAGUCGCGUGUUGUGGAACAUCCUGUAUAAAUCCGUUCAUAUGUACUUGCACAUUACACGGGUGCGGUCCUUAGCAUUACAAAUGCUUCGAAGCGCUUCAAGUAUAGCAUAUUUAAAUAUGAUCCAAGCUUCGAAGCAUUUUAGUUACAUCUAUGACGUCUAUGAGGCAUCACAGAUUUUUCGCUUCUACUCCCAACGCUUCAGCCAACGACGUAACAUGGCUGAAGUAGUUAGAUUUAUGAAUAAAAAAGAAAGUGAAAAAAUUAUACGAAUGCUCCCGCUCUAUGGAAGCAUUACAAGUAGGAGGAUUUGGGACAUAUAGGAAUAUUAUGAUGGCUGCGGACCGCAGCCUGCAUCGGACGCGUGUAAAUAUGUUGUACAUUUUCCAUCGCGUAAAAGUGUAGAUUUUGUAUAAUGCUGCUAUUCGAUGGGCUAUAUCUCGUAUUUGCGUUUUUUUUGUGAUAUACAGCGGAAGUUCUACAUUCGCGGAGCGUAUGUUCUGCAAAACUGUCGCAAAUAUAAGCGCAGCCUGAAAGUGUCGGAGCGAAAUAUUAAAGACAAUACGAAUAAAAAUGCAUUAAAGUUAGGUAGAGAAUAGAAGAUACAUUAGGAAGAAAAAUAUAAAGACGGCGAAUACGGAACUUCUGCUGUACAUAUAAAUAUUAUAGCCACUGAGACAGUAUUUGUACUUUCCUAAACAUUCUUAUUAUAUUAAUUUAACGUACGUCCAAAGUCACAAUGUCGAAUUGAAUUGAUACGACAAUUGUACAAUGUCGCAUUUAUUCCAGCUCAUAUGCGACUAAUGAAAUUUAGAUAAGAGCGCAAAACUUAAUCUAAUUAGUGACUACGAUGCUACUAUCAAUUCUUAUUCGUUAAGAUAAAUCGUAUAUGCGAUACUUGCUACAAGUAUUUAGAUAAUAAUUUUAUUAUUUUCUGAAAAAAGUUUUAUAAAUGUCAUGCGCGAUGCAGCAAAUUCUUCCUCGUGAGAAUUUCUAGAACUAUUUAGCUGUUCCCGCGAUACUGCCAGUGAAUUUUCACACGAUACAAAGUAAUCUUAUUUAUAUAAUUAAUCUUAUUUCCAUUCCGCAUUCGUAAAAAAAUAAGAACAUACAAAUCCGAUAUGAUGUUUAACCAUAUAAGACAUCGUGAAAACUUGUUAAUUUUUUUAAUAAAAAUUUAUGCCAUUUUGGAAGAA